AACACAACGAUAACAAUGGUGACAACAACAAAAAUGUUACCCGGCAUUUUUAGUGCGCUAAACAGGAGCAGCACAUCCGGUCCGGCUGCCAAAUCUGUCCGCCACUGGCGCGUCUCGUGGAUUACUCUUUGGAUGUGGGUCGUGCGUGUUUUUUCUUUGGCGCUUAAAUUAACAAAAAAUAGAUAUUUUCUGGUAACCAGUGAAGCAGCAGGCGUGUCACGAAGGGUAUUUUCGCGGGUUAGCUGCUUUAGUUCGCCCGUGCACUUUGCUAACGGAGAAACGCGCUACAUGUCAAGUGAGCCGAAGAGACUCUGCACCGAAAACAUGACCGUUACAAAGAUCGGAACCCAUAACGGGACCUUCCACUGCGACGAGGUUCUGGCUUGUUUCUUCCUCCGGCAGUUACCCGAGUACUCGUAUAUAUGGACUUUUUCGGACACCUUCAACAGCCUCUGUCCAGAGAAGCCAUGGCUGACCAAGCUCAGCUCCGCCGGCCUGGUCUACCUGCACUUUGGCCGUCGAGUGCUGUCGCAGCUCGCGCAGCUGAAGGAGGACGACAGGCAGCUGGAAGUGCUCUAUGACAAGCUGUAUGAGAACUUUGUGGAGGAGGUGGAUGCUGUUGACAACGGCAUCUCACAGUGUGAUGGGGAGGCCCGGUACAGCAUCUCCACCACGCUGAGCGCACGUGUCUCACACCUGAAUCCACGCUGGAACAGCACAGAUCAGGAUACUGAGGAGGGUUUCAAGAAGGCGCUGAAGAUGGUUGGGGAGGAGUUCCUGGACCGUCUGGAUUUCUACAAGUCCUCCUGGCUGCCAGCUCGUGAGGUCGUGGAGGAAGCUGUUAAGAAGAGGCAUCAGAUAGAUCCCAGUGGAGAGGUACUCCUUUUUUCCCAGGGUGGAUGUCCUUGGAAGGAGCAUUUGUUUGCCUUAGAGAAGGAUCUCCACGUGGAGACGCCCAUUAAGUUUGUCCUUUACCCAGACCAGAAUGGACAGUGGAGGGUCCAGUGUGUCCCUGCUGGGCUCAACACUUUCCAGAACAGGUAAAUUUUAAGGUUAUCUUUUAGUAAAAUGUUACC